AUGGAGUAUAUCUACCACCAACCCACCCACCAUCCUCGACAAAGAAGAGGUGCUCAGGGAGCGGAAAGGGAAAAGACAGAGAAAAAGGCGAAGCCUUCUCUGGGAUGUUUUGGGUGUGGGAACCCAAACCAUCAUAUCGCAAAAUGUCCCGAGCGUGCACCGGACACAGCGAAUGAAGAUUUCCAAAUCAUGAUGUUGGAGGAGUUGACACGGGACAAGAAGGUUAGUUACCUUUAUCUGUUCAAAGGUUCGCGUGCUAAGAUUGAUUGUAGCGCCUUCGGGCUACGAGACAAAACAUCAUUACCAAACCCGGCAGGAACACCGGGUCCUCUAGCCAAGCCGCCAUAUUUGGCGAAGGGCCUGCGGGCCAGAAACGGCUUCGGAAAUCAAAAAAUUCCCAGCAAACGCCUCAAACACGGCCCCGGACUGAGGCCCAACAAGAAGCGAUAA